AUGUGGUUGAAACAGUCAACAGAUAUUUCCAUUAUUUCAGCUAUCUUCUAUUUAAAGCUGAUGGGUGUAUGGUUCGCAGUUAACCGUGCAGAGAAAUAUAUCAGAAAUUUUAUGGUGAUUUAUUCCAUAAUCUCACUCAUGUUGGUUGCAGCGUUUCAGUUCAGAGGUCUUUACGUUUGUUGGGAUGAUCCUACUAUAAGCACUUCGUUCGUGUGCAAUAUAGUGGGCUUAGCCCUAUGCUUCCUCAAGUUUUGUUCAGUGUUUAUUCAGAAAAGGAAGUUUCUUCAAUUGAUCGAGUUUAUGCAGACGAAUUUUUGGCAUUCGAAUUAUGGUAUUCACGAGGAACAACUUCUCGCUAAUGUGAAGAAAAUCUGCAUUUACUUCAUUUGUACGUUUUCAUCCUUAACGCAAUUCACGGUUAUCUGUUACAUUUUCAGACCUGCUGUACGUGAGUACUCAAUUCUAACAUUGUAA